AUGGGUCUGGCUACGUAUUUUGCCACCGACAAAUCUGCACUCCCCUUCAGGAAGCGGCUCGCCGAGGAGACGCUGCAGAUCCUGCAGCAAGGUUGGUACAUCUCGGAGGGGGGCGAGCACGUGGACAUCUCGGAGCCUUUGGCCGAUGCCAUGGUCAGCUCCUUUGAGCUGCGGGAGGACCAGGCCAUGCCCCCGAGGUCCGGCGAGGCUUUGGCUCGGAUGGCCAUGGAGGUGACCGGCGAGACGUCCCUGGAGGCUUUGUACAGGUUGUCUUCCGAGGAUGCCAGCAACUUGGCGGUGCUGAAUUUCGCCAGCGCCAAGAACCCAGGCGGCGGGUUCCUGGGUGGCGCGCAGGCGCAGGAGGAGUCCCUGGCGAGGUCCUCCGGGCUCUUCCCCUGCCUGGAGCAGUUCAAGGACUCGCUGUAUGCUAGGAACCGCAAAGAUCCCAGAGGGUGCCUGUACUCGGAUGACAUGAUCUUCUCACCUCUAGUGCCCUUCUUCCGGGACGACGAGGGGGUCCUGGCGGAGCAGCCGCUGCUCUGCUCGGUCUGCACCUCCGCGGCGCCCAACGCCUCGCAGGCGCCCCACGGAGCCGCGCAGGCCGCCAUGCAGGGCCGGCUGCGGCGGGUGCUGCGGCUGCUGCGGAGCCAGAGCUGCCAAAGCCUGGUCUUGGGCGCCUGGGGCUGCGGGGUCUUCCGAAACGACCCAGCGGCGGUGGCCCAGAUCUUUCGCUCCGCGCUGGCGCUCCCAGAGUUUGCAGGGGUCUUCGGGCGGGUGACCUUCGCCAUCCCCGACGCUCAGAUGCAGGAGCAGUUCGCCAAGGUCCUGCAGCCCCUGGCAAAAGCUCCAGCAGCGGCUCCGGCAGCGGCGCCUCCGGCGGCGGAGACGGCGGAGACGGCGGAGACGGCGGAGGCGCCGGCUCCGGCGGCGGCUCCGACCGAUGCGGAAGAGGUGGGGGUGGAAGCGGAGGCUGACAGCGACGAGGAGCCCCGCGGGAAGGUCCACGUGAAGCUGGUCUCCUUCGGGUACACCAGGCCGGGCGGUCUGCCGGCGGCGGAUCUGGUGGUGGACUGCCGGCACAUUGCGAACCCGAUGAAGGGCCCCAAGCGCCAGCUCUCAGGCCUGGACGCGCGCCUGCGGAAGGAGGUCAUGAGCUGCCCAGGCUCGAAGGAGCUGCUUGCGCAGAUGCUGCACGACACCUUGACCAGAUGCAACGGCGAGAAAGACACCACUGUAGCUGUGGGUUGUGCCUGCGGGCAGCACAGGAGCGUGACCUUCUGCGAGGAGCUGGCCAAGGCGCUGAAAGGCCAGCGGACGCCCCAAGGCCGGCGCCUGGGCAUAGAGCUGGAGCACAGGGAGAGGGGCACCUGGAAUGCCGGGGGCAAAGGCCGGCGCUGGCAGCGAGGAGGCAGGGCGUCCCGCGGCGAGGGCGAGGGUGCUGAGGACUUGGACGACGCCAUGUGCGAAGCCUCGAUGCGAGCGGACCAUGAGAAGGUGGCAGCCCUUGCUGGGAAGCGGCUGGUGCUUGCUGCCGCGCGGGGGCUAAAUCAGUGGGACGCUCCCGUCUGGGGGUCUUCGGAGCAUGGCCAGCUGGGCAUCGGCAGCUUGCCCACCGAGGACAAGGCGGUGGCGCCUCGACUUCUGGAGGGUCUCCGAAGCUCGCCUCUGAGACAGGUGGCCUGCGGGGGCUACUUCUCUGCCGCCGUCUCGGAGACCGGGGAGCUCUAUACCUGGGGCUAUGGCAAAGAUGGCCAGCUGGGCCAUGGGGACGCCAAGGACGUGCACAUGCCCCGCUCGGUGCGGGGCUUGCAGUCCAAGGUGGUCCGCAGUGUGUCCUGUGGGGAGCACCACGUUGGCGCCGUGUCGGACCUUGGCGUUCUCUACACCUGGGGCCGAGGCCAGAACGGGCGCCUGGGCCACGGCGGGGAAGAGAACGAGCUCCUCCCAAAGGCUGUGGAGGUGCUGUCCGGCCACUCGGUGGGGCUGGUGGCCUGCGGGGAAUUCCACACGGGCUGCAUCUUGCAGAACGCCCCGCACGUCUACACCUGGGGUCUGGGCCUCUCUGGGCGCUUGGGCCACGGAGACGAGAGCGACAGGUUUUCUCCGACCUUCGUCGAGGCGCUCACAGGCAUGCAGGUGACGACCUUGGCGUGCGGAGGUCACCACACUGCAGCUGUGGACCAUUGGCAGGUGAUGACUUGGGGCGGAGGUGCCUUUGGCAAGUUGGGCCACGGGAAUCGCCUGGCGCAGACGGCGCCCAAGGUGGUCAUCGCCCUGCAAGGCCGGCGGGUGGUGCAAGUGUCCCUAGGGCCUCACCACUCGGCUGCCCUCACCCAGAAGGGUGAGGUCUUCACCUGGGGCCAGGCUGGGCGUUUGGGCCACGCUUCCCAAGGCGCGGAGGUGGAUGAGAUGCUGCCGCGGCAAGUGGCGGCACUGAGCCACCUGGCAGUGGCGCAGCUGGGCUGCGGCCACUCCCACUGCGUGGCGGUCACCGAGUCCGGGGACGUUUGGGCCUGGGGGAGCUCCAGGACCUUCGGCCACACCGAGCAGAGCGCCUACCCCAACGUGCCCACCAUGAUCAAGGUGCUCACUGGCAAGGCCAUCGUUUCCGUGGCCUGCGGUGUGACGCACAACAUCGCCCUGUCCGACUACCGGCGGCUGGCCUCCAAGGGCAGAAAAGACCGCCCGGAGGAUGAGCGGCCGCGGGACAAGAAGGAGCGGCAGCUGCCGACUGCCUCGCUGGACGAAGCCAUCCGCGCGCUGCCGCUGGACACGGAGGGGAGCCCGAAGGCCAACGCCUCUGAGAGGGAGGUGGCCUUUCUGUCCAGUGAGCUCAAGGGCUACCAGGAGCAGACGCUGCGCCUGGCUAAGCUCUUGCAGGAGACGAGGACCAAGCUGGAGACGCUCCAGAAUGAGAACUCCUUCUUGAAGAGUGAGCUGGAGGUGAUGCACCAGUGCUCCAACGACUCGGACGAGCGCCUGGACACGCUGCGCCGGCACUUCAACGAGCGCCUCCGAGAAAUGGAGCGGAGGUACAACGACAAAGAGCGCGCCUGGAGGGAGACGUUCACGCGCCUGAAGACGCACCUGGGGGUAGGGGGCGUGGAGCCGCCGGCGGAGGAGGAGUUGCAGCUGGAGGAGGAGGCAGACGCUGUAGAGCCCCCCCCAGUGCAAGAGGUCGCCGCCGCCGCUCCCGGACUCGCUGCGGCUGCGCGCCCGUCAGAGCCAGAGCCAGCAGUGCCAGGCCAGCCCCGCGCCUCCCGCGCGGGCCUGGGCUUCUUCACCGCGCCAUGCGACAUCCGCAAGGAAUUGGCGAGUGAGGGCCUCUACGCGGAGAUCUGGCUGCUGCCAGGGGACGGCGGCAGCGACAGCUCCAUGGCUUCCUCCCCGGUGCGCGAGGCCUUGCGCCGGCGCCGCGAGCAACAGGCCUCCCAGGCCAGCAACGCCUCCAGUGACUCCGGCAGCCCCCAGCACUCCGGCACCCGCAGCCCGGCGCCGCCCAGUGACAAGGACAAGGUGCAGCUGAGGAACGUGGCAAUGUCGUCUGCGUCAACCGCACUUCCAGUGGGCAACAAAGUCACAGUGAAGAACACCUUUAUCGAGGUGCCUGAGGACACACAGAUGGAGGAGGACCUCGCUGCGCGGUUCUCGCGCUCAGACCCCACGCCGGUCAUGGGCUUGCAGAGGCUUAUGCAGCAGGAGGACAGCUCCGGCGCAUCAGCGCGUCUGCCCAUCGGGCGGUGCUGGGUGGCGGGCGAUCGGCUGCCCAGGAUCUCAGGUUCUUGGCUGCCGUUGCCACCCACCAAGAUCUGGGCAGCUGCAGCAGCCUCCGCGGUUUUGCGCCGGGCCCGGCGCGGGCGUGGCAGUUCUGGCCAUGGCAGCUAUCGCGACGAGGACGAGGACUUAGAUUUGGAGGAGCUCGAGGAGGAGGUGGACGAGGAGAUGCAAAAGCUGCGGCAACGCUUGGAGCUGCAGCCGGCGCCCAAGCGCCUGCCCAGCACGAAGAACGUGCCCUUCAUCGGUCACAAGCGAGCUCCGACGGACGAGCAGCUCGAGGCCAUGAUUGAGCAGGAGGUGCCGGAGAACAGGAGAAACACUGGCCGCUUCGACCCUCACUAUGACAACCCCCUUACCAAGGGUGUGGAGAUCAUGACCAAAGCCGGGAAGCACCUGGAGCAUUUGGUCUGCUGCCGGGGCUGCGGGGUGCCACUGCAGACCCACGACCCCGACAAUGUGGGCUACGUUCGCUUCGCCAAGUACCUGGACAAGUGGGCGAGCCGCCUGCACCGCAAGUUGCUUUGCUCCCGCUGUCUGCAGCUGGAGAAGGGCAGCCUGGUUCCAGUGGUGAAGGAGACGCUUGCCGAGGGCCAGGUGGGCUUUGGCGGACAGGUGGUACCGGCGGAUGUUCUGGCGGCCCAACUGGCCACCAUCCGCAAGCGCCGGUGCCUGGUCGUGUAUGUGGUCGACGUGCUGGAUUUCAAUGGCUCGUUCAUCCGCAAGAUCCGGGAGAUCGUGGGCAAAAACCCGGUGAUCAUUGUCGGCACCAAGAUCGACCUGCUCCCGCCCAGAACCAACAUGGACUUGGUGAAGAACUGGCUACUCUACAUCCUGCGGAAGAAGAAGCUUAGGGCUUUGGAGGUGCAGCUGGUGAGCAACGAGACGGGCAAGGGCAUCAAUUACGCAGUCAACGCCAUCAUCGAGCAUCGCUCAGGCAUGGACGUGUUUGUGGUGGGCGCCGCCAACGCUGGGAAGAGCGCCUUCAUCCGGCGGCUCUUGGACCGCUUGGAGGUGAAGUUUCCGCAGGGCAAGGUGGAGAACUGCGAGCGGCCGCUGGUGUCCCGCACCCCCGGCACCACUCUGGGCCUGAUCCAGAUGCGCGCCUUCCGGCGCUCCGCGACCUCCCCGGUCUUCGCGGCCCUCUACGACACCCCAGGCGUGCAUCAGCCCAACAGCUUGCAGAACCUCCUGGACAUCGAGCGGUACAACUACGUGCAGCCGACCAGGAGCUUUGCGGUGCACACGGUGACGCCCGCCAAGGAUGUCCUAUCUGAGUUGAAGGCCAGCGGUGAGGCGGUGUCUCAGGAGAAUUUGCAGCAGUGGCUGGGGCGCUCUGUGCGGUACUUGUGGGGCUUCCCUGGGCAAGACCCCGUCCUGGCUGUGGAGGUCUUUGGGCCCAUCAGCGCCAUGCUGAAGCUCUCCUUCGUGGGGGUCCACAACCUGGUGGUCCGAUGCCAGGCCAACGUGCCGGGCGCCGCGGAGAAUGGCCGGGGCUACCCGGACCCCCCGGAGGACAUGGAACUGGCGCAGAUCUGCUACGUGAAAACGCCAGACAAGCUGAGCCUGGAUGGGAAGGUCAUGGCGGACCUAUCGCUAACAGGCUUCGGCUGGGUGGCAGUGUCCUUCGCGGCACUCAGUGCACAGGCGGCGGGCCGGCCGAUGGAUCGGUCCAAGGUCACCAUCCGCGUCUACGGGCCGCAGCGCCUGAAGGUGGUGGAGAACGAGUUCCCCGUGCCGGUGGCGGGGCUCCCGGGAACUGUGCCCGCGCCCCCGGAGGAGGAGCUCAUGGGCGAGGAUGAGUGGGAUGCUGACACCAUGGAUGAGCCGGCGAAGGUGCCUUCCCAGCCUUGGACGGACGGCCUGGGCUUCUCGGUGGGCAUGCUACACGCGGCCCCCGGCGGCCGCACAGGCACCGACAAGGACGAGGAGGCUGCCACAGAAGUGGCCGGCGCCAUGCGCAGGCCGAUGCUCAUCGACAAUGAGCGGCAGCUGGACGAGGCUCAGGAAGCCCAGAACCCAGCCGUUGAGGCGCAGGAAAGCGCGGCGCGGCGCUUCCCACGCUAUGCGCCGGACAGCGACCCCUUCGACCUGCCACUGGGGAACAUGGACCUGGACGAUGGGGAGCUGCCGAUGGACGACUUCGAGGAGGAGGAGCGUAGCGGCCCCAUGCCGGAACUGGCCUUCGGCACGUCAGGCGGCGACGCAACCAACCCAUUCGGAGAGGACUGGCAGGACCUUCCUGUGGAGUCCUCCUUCACACAGCAAAGGCGCCAGCCGCAGGCCGCGAAGCCGCCGCCGCGGCAGAGGGGCAAGGGGCACAUGUGGUAUGGCAUGACUCGAGAGGAGAUCAAGGAAGCGAAGGCCAAAGCAAAGAACGACAAAAGGCAAGGGCGGGAAGAAGGCAAGAGCACGUUUAUGCGGGCACUGGAGAAAGCCAACACCGUCAAGGUGAAGAGCGGCUCCAGACCAGGUUCUCCGAAGCCAGGUCGACCGGCUUCGGGUGCGAAGGGCGGUGCUUCAGGCGCUCUGAAGAGCAAGGGUGGCAACGUGGCGUUGAGAAGGCGGAUUGUGAGGUGA